AUGCGACGGUCGUCGCGGCGUCCAGCUCCCGGGGCGGCGAAGCUGACGCGAGGUCGACGAGGGGAGGCGCGCGAGGAGGUCCGCGAGGAGGCGGCUGAAGACAUGGACGUCGACAAUCUGCAGGAUAGUGAUCCAAAAAUGGAUGAUGAUGAAUCUUCCGAUGGGUCGUUUUCAACGUGCUUUUCAGCUAGCCGUGAGGUUGCAGACAAGGAGCUGAAUGCUAACAAGAAGGCAGUGCUAGAGAAGUCGAGUUUUGGUACCUUCAAAUCACCCUCUGGCACAUUUCAUUUUGUGUGUGUCUCUGUUGCAAUGUUCUUUAUUUGGAAUUGCAUAGCAAUGUUCUUCGUCCUCGAAUUUGACAUGUGCCUUUUUGUCAGCCAUAAAAACAAGACUAUAUUGUUCACUAGAGACAUGGUGCACAAAAUUUUUAAUAUCCCAUCCGGACCAAGGGCAGUGGAGCUGCUGAAGAGGAACGAACGUUGCGAGCUGCGCGACAUAUAUCGAGAAGGCACAAGGGCUCCAAUGAAGAAAUCCAUUUCUGUAAUCAAGAAAGCAUCGGAUAAUGAUGUUGUUACUUUAGAGAGGACUUGGGUUCUUUUAUGCCUUGCUCUCGUGCUAGUUCCUGGCACCGGCAACAUGGUCUCGUUGGACUACCUUGCUAGCUUGAAGGACUUGGAUGAACUGAAUGAGUUUGCGUGGGACGAGCAUGUGUUGGCAACUGCGUUGAGGGAGGCGAGGAAUUACCAACUAAAGAGGGAGGCUGGGGCAAGUGGCUUCUGGAUAGGCGGUUGUCUACCUAUGUUCGUGUUAAUUUACAUGGAUUUCCUGGAUGUGCCUCGGUCAUUGAUUAGUGAGGAGACGUUCAACUACUCGCUGCCCAGGGCUUGCUUUGUGUGCAAUGCAGAUUUUGAGCUUGUUAAAGAUUUUGACAGGAACAAGCUCACCCUCGAGACGGUUGAUUUUGGAAAGCGCAAUCAUCGUCCUUUGUCUCAAACGCCAUAUGCAAUACUGAAGGCGGACAAGCAAUGUGAGGGUCAGAAUCAACAUCAUCCGGCAAAUAUCACUAAUAGAGCUGACAAAGCCAACACUCAAGUCAGUGUUGAGGGUGAUUUAGGCGCUAAGUUUCGCGUCUCUCUGGAUGAGUGGCUGCAGCCGCUCCCUUCCUGCCAAGAGUUAGAGAUACCUUUGCACUUGAAGCCUAUAUAUGAGAAGCACAAAAAUCUCUAUACGGCAGAGUUGAAGAAUGUUGUUACCUCUUUUGGGCAGGUCCUGCAGUCAACUUUCUGCAAGCGGUUGGGUCUCAUGUUGAUGGAAGCGCACUCCAAUGCAGUGUCAAACCAUGAGCACAGGAGUGAAGGUUUUGUCGCCCAAAGAGUCAUUGCAACAAGCAGUGUCGAGCGCACGGGAGCGGUGACUUUUGGCACCCCAACAGCCACUGCAGCAGGCAUUGCUAUCCACUCUUCCAAGUGUCCAUUAUCGGAUCCUGAUUCCCGGGAAGAAGCAGGUGCUGAUGAUCAGAACAAGGCACAACCUGGUGGUGUAGUUGCUACUCCCAAAGUAGUGGAGACCGGUGCAUUAGGUGAGAAGGUUGGGGUGGAAGCGAAACAGGGGGCGGGUCAAAGCACAAGCGUUGCUAAGCGUUCCAGGAGUGCUGCGUUGCAACAAGGUGAGAGUAGCAAUCAUUCUCAUGGGAAGGAUUGUGUGGAGCAGGAGGAAGUUAUACAUCAGGGCGGAAAGGUGACCCCCAAAGAUGUUUGCAACAUGGAUCCUUCGGGAGCUUUUGAUAAGGUUGAAACACCAGUUCUUUCCCAGGGCACGGUGCAGGCAAUGAUGGUAACUUCCUUGGAGUGGGAAGAUGGCCCAUCUUGUGCUCUUUUCGUGGAGGGGACCGAAGACUAUGAGUGGAUGAAUCAAAAAGUAGACAUACCAGUCAAGCAUGUGCAGACACCAAAUGCUUCUAGCUCUGAUGUGCAGAAUUCAAUCCCAUUAGUGCCAAACUUUGACAACACUCUUCAAGUUGAAAGGCCUAGCAACCUCCCAACCGCAACAUUUGACACAGCUCCAAAGCUCCCUAGGGCAAACGACAUUCCGGGGCCUGUGUUUGAUGUGUCCCCCAUCUCAUUAAAAAACGCUUCCUCCGAUGGACCUCAAGUAGUAGUGGAUUUGCACGAGACAACCGAGGCGAAUGUUGCGGUCAGGGGUGAGUCCAACAGUCUUGGUAAACAGUCAAAGAAGAAAAGGGUGGCUCUCUCCUCAGACAAUGUGCCAACGAUGAAGAAGAUUAAGAUGAAAGAGUUUGAUAUGCCCGACUUCAUUGAAAUAGAUGGCUUCCAUACAUCUCUCGAGAAUUUUCAUGCAUCUCUAAAGCCAAGAGCGGAGAUUGACAAUGAGGUCAUGACCUUAUACCUGAAGACAUUCAACUAUGAUCAUUGUGGUCUGCCCUCUAAUAUUUUUUUGUUUUGUGAUUUUCUCCAUCAGUUGAAACUCAGUGCUGAGCCAGAUGUGUUUGAUCCGAAGGUGUGCGAAAAAGAAUUUAAGAAUGCUUGCUUACAAAAUCACAUUUCAAAAUCUGACCUGCUAUUCUUCAUGGUUGUACACAAAAAGCACUAG